AUGACCAUACUUGAGAUUGUUUUACCGAAGACUUCAUCUAUUUGGAAGAAGAUAGCCGCACUAGAGGCCUUCAAAGGAAAGCGAAUCCCUCACUUCAAACCAUUGCUAACUGAGCUUCCACUUCUUCGGGAAACAGAAGUGAUUGGUCUGGUUGACUCUUUUAUCUGGUUAUUGAAGACGAUAGAAAAUCUCAUAAAUGACAUUUCAAGAAGCACACUCGAUAGCUACAAGAAGAAACAAAAGUUGAUAGAAGAGGCCAUAGCAGAUGAAUAUGCCAAGAUUGAUAACUCUAAAACAGAGUAUAAAGAGAUGCAAAAGCAGAUGAACGAUUUGCAUAAGCAAAUGGAUGAUCUGCAUAAGAAGAUAGACUCGGUGUGA